AUAUACAGAAACAAGUGACGAGCAAAUAUAACAAUGUUUUCUGGCCACACGUAGCACGCCAGUUCCAAGCACUUACAACCUGACAUUAGGCUGUAACAGUUCGUAAAUUUUUAGUUUCUUUCCUAGAUAAUCCACGUCAACAACAAUAUCAAUUUUAUAAACCUACAGGUUGCACCACGGCUAUUCCAAGCACAGUUUGCCAAUGUCAAACAGUAUGUCCACUAACUGGAAGACAUAUUAUGCACAGAGUAGAAAAAUUCCUGAGCGGAGAGAUUGAUCACGAAAAUGCUAGAUAGUUUGCACAGUUGCACGACUGUACUUUAUCAACAACGACAGCUAUGCUGACUUCGUGUCAUUUGAUACCAACUGUUGAUACAGAAGUCUCAAAUACAUUCGUAUAUAUAUAAACCACACUUUUAUAUUCGAAUUUGACACAAAUAACACGUUUCACAAACAAUCUUUUCUAACUACAGUCGCUUAAAAGAGGCUUUCAAGUAAUUUUGUUCACACGUCUGUCGCUCUCCUACUAGACAGGACAGCAGGUCCAAGGAAAUCUCUUAUCAUGAAGAUUCUUCUGAUAACGACCCUGCUGUUAGCCGCUGCAUCUACAGCUUCUCUUCUCGGCAGCAACGAUGCGAUUGUUGACAGUGCCAAUAAAACUAACUAUAGAUUGCCAAAUAAUUCAGUGCCAAUUUCAUAUUCUAUCAAAUUGAUACCGUACAUCAUCGUAGACAAUUUUACAUUCGAUGGAGAAUCUACGAUUAAACUUGAGGUUCUAAAAUCAAGUUCUUCGAUAACUCUUCACAUACUAAAUCUUACUAUAGACGAGACUGCAACAUCUUUGGUGUCCAGUGGUAAUAAAAACCACAAAAUAGCCAGUCAUACUUACGAUACCAAAAAACAAUUUUUGAUUUUGAAAUUCGCCACCCAUUUGCCAACUGGAAAUUACACACUGUAUUUGAAGUACGUUGGUAAUUUACCCGGUGACAUUUUGGAAGGUUUCUACAGAUCGUCUUAUACCAACGACAAUGGUAAAACUGUCUGGUUGGCUACCACACAAUUUGAACCAACCGCAGCACGCCGAGCUUUCCCCUGCUGGGAUGAACCUGCACUCAAAGCUACCUUCACUAUUUCUAUUAAACACGAUGUCAACUACACGGCGUUAUCAAAUAUGCCAGUUGCCAAUAAAUCGACAAUUGACAAGACAGAUAACAAAUUAUGGACGACUUUCGAAAAAACACCCAUUAUGUCUACAUACUUGGUGGCAUUUGUAGUUUCGGAUUAUGGACACGUCAGCAACGGGAACAAAAGAUUCAGAGUUUGGUCUCGCAAAAAUGCUCUUCGCGGUGCAAAUUAUGCAUUGACUCGAGGAGAGUCGGAGUUAAAAUAUUUAGAAAAAUACACAUCGAUUCCGUUUGCUUUACCAAAAAUGGAUCAAAUUUCUAUCCCAGACUUUGCCUUAGGUGCUAUGGAAAACUGGGGCUUGGUUACCUAUAGAGAACCAGAAUUGCUAUACGAAGAGGGCGUAAAUUCAACAUUUACAAAACAAAGUGUUGCAAAAAUUAUUUCUCAUGAAUUUACUCAUCAAUGGUUUGGAAAUCUUGUCAGUCCAUCCUGGUGGAAAUAUCUUUGGCUAAAUGAAGGCUUCGCGUCUUAUUUUGAAUUUUACAUCACGGAUCAGGUCGUAAAAAAUUGGCACUUAAUGGACCAAUUCAUAGUGCGUUCUUUACAAGAGAAUACCCUUAUAGCAGAUUCUUCCGAAACCUCCCAUCCCUUGAAUCAGGAUGCAUCGACUCCGGAAGAAAUUAAUGCACUUUUCGAUACAAUUACGUACGGAAAAGGGGCUGCUGUGAUUCACAUGAUGUCCAAUUUCCUGACGCCCCCCAUCUUUCGCGCUGGACUCACCAGAUACUUAAAGAAUAAGUAA